AUGUCAAAAGGCUUAAAGUGGAAUCAAAAGAGAAUUGAAAAUAUGAAAGAUGACCAAAUUAAAGUACGCAAUAUGAUCCUUAUAAAAGAUUUGAUUAAUUCAGAUAUAGAAAUAAUUGAGGUAAUUUAAUUAUUGUUUGUUAUGAACUCCGGUGAAAUUAUUUAAAACAUGAACGACGAUACUUCUCUUUCAUCUGAGGAUGAGGAAUAGACCUCCAAGAUUAUUGAGAAUGAUCCUACGGGUCGUUUUAGUAAGGUAUUGAAAAUACUAUAUUUUUUAGUACAACGAGGAGAUCGGGAAAGGAGCAUACAAGAGCGUUUAUAGAGGUUACGACAAUGAAAGCGGAUGCGAAGUUGCAUGGAAUGUGUUUUAAUUGAUGAAUGUUUCUGGGGGUAUUUUAAAAUCUAGAAUAGUUGUAGAUGAAAUAAGAAGAGCCAAGCAGGAGAUUGCAAUAUUGAAAACAUUGAAACACAAAAACAUCAUCAGUUUUGUUCAUUCGUGGUAGAGCAAAUCUAAAAAGGAAAUCGUUUUUAUCACCGAAAUUGUUAAUGGAGGUUCGUUGAAAAAGUAAGUUCCACAAGAUUAUGAGUUAGUUACCUAAGAAGAAUCACGAGACCCAAACUCAAAGUCAUCAGAUAUUGGUGUAAACAGAUUCUGGAAGGAUUGGAAUACAUGCAUCAAUAAAACAUAAUCCAUCGAGACUUGAAAUGCGAAAAUAUAUUGAUUGACACCAAUAAUAACGAAUUGAAAAUCGGGGAUCUUGGAUUGUCAAUCUAGUAAUCAUAUAACAUUAAAUAAGAGAAUGCAAUCAAAUAAUACGAGUUCAGUAUUGGGAACUCCAGAAUUUAUGGCACCUGAAAUUUAUCAUGGAAAUUAUGACACAAAGGUUGACAUCUAUGCAUUCGGCAUGUGCAUUCUUGAAAUUGUGACCGGCAUGAAACCUUUUUGCGAGUGCAAAGGCGGAACUGCUCAGAUCAUCAAGAAAGUGAUGGAAGCACAAAAGCCUUAGAGUUUGGAGUGCAUAUUGAAUGAAAAAAUUAAGACCAUCAUUUUGGAGUAAAAAGCACAUCAUUAAUUUAGAUGUCUUAAACCUGCAACUGAGAGACCCACAGCGACCUAACUCUUACAACAAUACUUUUCAUCAAGCAACAACGACGAGGACAACUCUCCUGUCCAAUUGAAUGAGUCUCUCCUUAAUCAAAUCUCCCAUGAUAGCAAAAGUACUUUGUAUCUCCAUUUUGUAGAUUCUUCCUUUUUCAAGAACAACUUAUCUAAAAACAUCAGCGAACUCAAAGGAACUACUAAUAAUCACAUUAAUAAUAACCUUACCAACUAAACUAAUAAACUCAUCUCUUUCCAGGAAUUCAACCCUAAUUCAAUGAAACAAUCUGAAGUAAGACUUUGUGAAUAAUAAAAUAAGUUAAGCAUUGAUACUGUAGAAGAUUUCUCAAUUGAAUAAUAAUUUGGCAAACAAUAUAAAGAAUACUAUGUAUCUAAUUUAAGUUUAUUCCUCUAGAUCACUCAAAAUGACGAAACCUUACAAGACUUAGAAUAAAGACAAGAGAGAGAAUUGCAAUUAUUGCUUGCAUUGCACAAACAACAAAAGGCUGAUCUCUCGACCAAACUCCAGUAAACCAACAGAACUACAAUUCCAUAUGGAUCUGGGUUUUUGUCACCAAAGUCCUUCUCCACAUUGUUUGAGUUCAAUAAUGAGUAGCUGCAACAGUUACAGGGCAACUAAUAAUAAUAAUAGUUACAUCAAUCGCAGAUUCUUAGGGUGUUUCCUGUGAAUGAUAUCACGCCUUCUGAAGAAAAUGGAAGGAAACCAAACAGCAAAGAAGAUGAUUUGGGCAUUACUUAAUCAGUAAGACUGAAUUUUAUCUAUUAGAAACAACAAUGUAAAUUUUCUACAGACGUUGUAAUGUAAUCAAAAGCUUAAAGUGUUAGAACAACUAUUUAAGGUUGA